CGCACGACCGCGGCCACGCGAGGGCAGGGCGCGCCGCGCGUGCGCGGGGCGUGGCUCUAGUUAUGCAGUUUUUCCGGCAUGUGAGCGUCUCUUCCCGGCCGCUCUCGCGGCCUGGCCGGCUCAGGCCUUCCUAGAAAUGAUGCGGUUGGCGCUCUCCUCCCUCAUGACCGUUGUGAAAUCAUUACGCCCCCGGAGUCCACGGCAGCCCAGCCAGCUCCAGGCUUACGUCCUCCUUUCAGCAGUCCCAGCAGGAACAAGCACCUCUCUCCCCUCCCCUGGCCAGGGUACAGCCAAAGCCCCGGUCUUGGCUGUUGUCCUGAACCAGUCACUGGAAGAAAGUGGGGAAGAGGUCAGCCCCACCUCAGCCACCUACAGCGAGAACGCAGAAGUUGUGGGUCCCCCAGGGAAAAUGAAAGAAGGGAGACUGAAUGCUGGGCAGGCUGAAACAACAGGUGUCCACUGUAUUUCUCAACACACGCAGCAAUCUCAUACCUCCCUGCCCUGGCCCCUGUUUUUCCACUGCCUAAAAUGCUCUUCCACGGUUAUCCUUCUGACAAAUGCCUAUGUAGCCUUUAAAAGCCAGAUCACACGUCACCUCCUUCUUGCCACCUUCUUUGUCCGUAAAAUUACUCCAUCCUUGGAACCAUUUCUGUGCCUCAUACCUAUUUCUAUUAUUAUCAGACUGAAUUGGAUUUUCUUUAGAACAAUUAAUUGCAAUUAUACAAAUUCCUUGCGGGUCACUUUAAAUUACAAGUUCGUCCGUACACGACAUCGGAGUAGCCACUUCCACCCGCCAAUGCAGGCGAAGGUCGACCCAACGCCUCCCUUUGUACUCGCCGAAACUACGCCACCUAAAUGCGAAAAGUUAGGACAGGAAGAGAGAUGGGAGCAUAGGGACGCACGUUCUAGACAAGUUGUCAGCGCGCAGGGGUUACAGUAA